AAGUAAGCGCAUUUCCUGCCUCCCCGAGCCAGGCUGGAUGAGCCGGGAGCUCCGCACUGCUGACGCUCAGACCCCAGCCUCCAUCCGCAUCCACAGGCCGUGACUGCUGCCGCCGUCCACAGGAGCCCCGCAGCCCCUCCCCGCUCAGCCCUUGGCCAGCGACCCCCGGCCUGGCCCCGCGCCCCCGUGCCCACUUCUCCUGACCCCUUGGCCGCCACCUCAGAAGGCUGGAGCAGGGACGCCGCCGCUCCAGCUGCCUGCUCCCCUUGGGUCCCCGCGAGAGCCCACGCCGGCCCCGGCGCCCGCCUGCAGCCCUGCCCCUGGACACCGGCUAAGGCCCAGCGCACAGCUCCCCGGGUGGACAGCAUGGACCGCGGCACGUUCCCCCAGGCCGUCGCCCUGCUGCUGGCUCUCUGCAGCCUCGGCCACACAAGUCUUGCAGAAACAGUCUAUUGUGACCUACAGCCUGUGGACCCACAGGUGACAUACAUCACCAGCCAGGUUUCUGAGGGCUGCGUGGCUCAGAGCCCCAAUGCUACCCUGGAAGUCCACAUCCUCUUCUUGAAGUUCCUAAAGGAGGUGUCAGUGCUGGAGCUGACUCUCCAGACAUCCAAGCAAAAUGGCAGCCUGCCCCGAGAGGUGCUCCUGGUCCUCAGCACUAACAAGACCAUUUUCCUGAAGUUGCAGGCUCCGGGAAUCCCGCUCCACCUGGCCUACAACCCCAGCCUGGUCAUCUUCCAAGAGCCCGCAGAGGUCAACACCACACAGCUGCCACCCUUCACUACCAAGGGUGAGCUCCUCAACUGGGCGGACACAAAGGGUCCCAUCACCUCUGCUGCUGAGCUGAACAAUCCCCAAAGCAUCCUCCUCCGUCUGGACCAAGCCCCUAGGUCACCGUCUUCCUGCAGUCUGGAACCCCACAAGGACAUGGGCCACACACUCGAAUGGAGCCCUAACGCCCAGGCCUCCGUCCGGGGCUGCCGCUUGGAAGGUGUGGCUGGCCACAAGGAGGCGCACAUCCUGAGGGUCCUACCGGGCCCAGAGGCCUGGCCCCGGACAGUGACCGUGAAGGUGGAGCUGAGCUGUGCUUCGAGGGAUCCCGACGCCGCCGUGCUCAUCCUUCAGGGUCCACCCUACGUGUCCUGGCUCAUCGACGCCAACCACAACAUGCAGAUCUGGACCACUGGUGAAUACUCCUUCAAGAUCUUUCCGGAGAAGAACAUCCGUGGCUUCCACCUCCCAAACACAACGCAAGGCCUGCUGGGGGAGGCCCGGAGGCUCAACGCCAGUGUAGUAGCGUCCUUUGUGGAGCUCCCUCUGGCCAGUGUCGUCUCUCUGAGGGCACCCAGCUGUGGCAGUGGGCUGCAGCCCUCACCCACACCGGUCCAGACCACGCCUCCCAAGGAGGGUUGCAACCAGGAGCUGCUCCUGUCCCUGAUCCAGCCCAAGUGCUCCGAGGACGUCAUGACUCUGGUACUCAACAAAGAUCUCAUCUCGACUCUGAGGUGCACCAUCACGAGCCUGACCUUCUGGGACUCCAGCUGCCAGGCUGAGGACAGAGAUGACCAGUUUGUCUUGCGCAGCGGCUACUCCAGCUGUGGCAUGAUAGUGACAGAAAAUGUGAUCAGUAACGAGGUGAUCGUCAACCUCCUGUCAAGCUCAUCACCACAGCAGAAAAAGGUGCAGUGCAUCAACAUGGACAGCCUCUCCUUCCAGCUGGGCCUCUACCUCAGCCCGCACUUCCUCCAGGCCUCCAACACCAUCGAGCUAGGGCAGCAGGGCUUUGUGCAGGUGAGCGUGUCCCCAUCGAUCCCUGAGCUCACGAUCCAGCUGGACAGCUGCCAACUGAAUUUGGGGCCUGACAUGGAAAUCGUGGAACUCAUCCAGAGCCACGCAGCCAAGAGCAGCUGUGUGAGCCUGCUGUCCCCGAGCCCUGGUGGUGACAUGCGCUUCAGCUUCCUCCUCCGUGGCUACAUGGUGCCCAUGCCCACGACUGGCAUCCUCAGCUGCACUGUAGCCCUGCGUCUCAGCACUUGGUCCCUGGACGUCCAGAGGACCGUCUCCACACGCCUGAACAUUGCCAGCCCUGGCCUCCAUGACAAAGGCCUCGUCCUGCCCGCUGUGCUGGGCAUCACCUUUGGCGCCUUCCUCAUCGGGGCCCUGCUCACCGCCGCGCUCUGGUACAUCUACUUGCACACGCGUCACCCCGGCAAGCGGGAGCCCGUGGUGGCGGUGGCUGCCCCGGCCUCCUCGGAGAGCAGUAGCACCAACCACAGCAUCGGGAGCACCCAGAGCACCCCCUGCUCCACCAGCAGCAUGGCAUAGUGCCCAGCCCGCAGUCCUGGGGGCCACCCAGCCAGCCCUCGCCCAACAGGAGAGACUGAGCAGCCACCAGCUGGGAACCAAUGGCCAUGAACUUAUCCUGGGAUGCCAACCCCUCCACUCGAGCAAGGAUGGACAAGGUCCUCUGUGCCCGCCCCUCCUGCCUCCCUCUCCAAGGCCUGCUGCCAGUGGGGGCACCAGCUUGGAACACCUUGGGGUCCCCCCACCCCACCACGAACCUUCAAACCCAGUGGGCCUGGGGUACGGCUGCCCAGGACCACGGAGAGAGAGUCCGCUGCGCUAUAUGUCCACACUGCUGUAGAAACCCAAGUCCCUGUAAUUUUAACCUGGAUCCAGUACUCGGUGACGUGGGCUGGGCAGGAGCUGAGAACUCCAAAACGAACUCAGCCCAGCCCACCCAGGCUGACAGCGCCUCCUCCAUGGAAACAGCCAGCCCAGAACCACCUGGACCUGCUCCCAUCGGCUUCUACAUCUGGACUGGCCCAACUUUGACGGGGGAAACAGAAGCCUAGCGGCGCCCAGCCUGGAAGUGAAUGGGAGAGCCUAGCUCCUCCCUGCAACUGUCACACAGAGACCCCCCCACCGGGCAGCCAGGCCGCCUGUCCUGGGCCCACCCCUAUAUACUCACCACCAAUAAAUCAGACCAUGAAACCA